AUUUGCAAAAUGUUGUUUGAAUUGAAGUUUAACCACAUUAUUGGUUUCUUUUAGAAUUCCACGAAAAGCGAUCUGAUUGGGGAGAAAAAGGCCGUAGAAAUCGAUAAGCAAUCGGGACGCAGGUUAAGGUAAAACUUGAAGGUUGACAAAAUUGCGAUGGCCAGAUUGCUAGAUUUAUGUAUUAUACAAUGCACCACACAUGUACUCUGCCUUUUGUUUGUCUGCUUUGUAAAUGCGCAGCAGUCGUACAAACGUCCAGAAGUACAACCAUCUGCUGUGAAGGGCGCAGACUGCAUUUGUGAACCGGAAGUCACACUUUGCAAGUGUACAUUUAGAGUAGAACACCGUUUGUCGAUGGUUCUUCAUGAGGAAAGGGAAUUAGUUCGUGCAGUUAAUGGGUACUUAGUUAAAAAUAAUGACGACAAUGAAAGGUUAACUAAGAACGAAUCAGAGAGAGUAAUCACGACUGACGGUGUAGGCUCAAGACUCGUCAUUGCUAUAAAUGGUAAAUUUCCUGGACCAAGAGUAGAAGUAUUUGAAAACCAAGAGAUUGAGAUAACGGUUGUUAACACAUUUCAUACUGACAGUGUGACAGUUCAUUUCCACGGCAUACAUCAGAGAGAGACACCAUGGAUGGAUGGAGUGGCUUUCAUAACACAGUGUCCAAUCCUUCCUGGUCAAAGUUUUGUAUAUCGUUUCAAGGCAUAUCCGCCGGGAACCAGUUUUUAUCAUGCACAUAUUGGGGACCAGCGCAGCAUGGGAUUAUACGGUCCAUUCAUCGUUCGUAAACGAGAAAUCCGUAUUGAACCGAUUAGGGAAAUUAUCGUUACCCUGCAAGACUGGAAUCACGAUAUGGACGCUGAGACAGCGUAUAUGAGGAUGAUAACUGAACAAUACAACUUCGAUACAAAUCCCCCUCAAAUUGUUGAUACUACAGUCUCGGUCGAUAAUGGCAAAUUCAGCAGAUUUGAGUUCAAGUCUGGUCUUAUUAAUGGAAAGGGGAGAUACUGGAAAAGUGCCACUGAACACAACAGCGCCCCAUUAGAAAUCUUUAACGUGACGACAGGUCGCAUUUAUCGCUUUCGAGUGAUUGGCGCCAUGACACUUUAUCCUAUGAGGGUUUAUAUCGAAGGAAUCCCACUGUCUUUACGAUCAUCUGACUGCUUUAACAUCGAAAAUCAAGAUAUCCGGUCAAUUAUUGUGCAUCCGGGCGAAAGGUAUGAUUUUCAUGCGACCUUCACAGAUGAAACUAGAAAACAGUACCUACUUAUUGCUGAAACGAUUGAGACCAGAGCAAGUCACGGGAAGUACCAUGCUGCAGAAGCGAUAAUAUUUGUCGACAACGCCCCCGGAUCUGUUAAUCUUGCCCCUCCAAACAACAAAGAGGAAACAUGUCUUGUUGCAUCAAAAUGUAAAACAUUUAACUGUCCUUAUGGUUAUACCGGAACCAAUAUAAACAACUGUUUAAAUUUCAAUGACGUAAAGAACACUGAUCCAUACCGCGAUCCUUCAAAAGUACAAGGAAAUAAAGUAGACAAUGAGUAUUUUUUCAAGUUUGCGUUCCCAGGGUUCCCAGGAAACACGCCGGGGUCGGUGAACGCAAAGGAAUUCAUCCCGCCAACGUCUCCUUUGUUAACACAACCAAACGGCCUAACAACUCGAUGUGACGAAGAAAAGUGUCGAGAAGAAGGUGUUUGCGGUUGUACAUACAUUCAAGAGAUUCCUGGAAACAAACUUAUUCAAAUGACGUUCAUGAAUAUAGGAAAUGGAUCAGGAUGGUCACACCCUGUUCACCUUCAUGGUCAAUCAUUCUUUGUUAUGAAAAUGGGCUUUGGAACAUAUAAUGCUGUAACUGGACAGCUAAUCGAGGAGUCAACAGAUAUUAAUUGUACGGAUAAGUACGGCUUCUGUUCUGAAAUGGAAUGGGCUAACAGCACGUGGAAUGGCGGGAAUAUACCAGGACAAAAUCCAGCACCGCCGAUCAAAGACACAAUCGUUGUUCCUACAGGUGGGUACGUUGUUAUUCGAUUUAUCUCGGACAAUCCCGGAAUGUGGUUCCUACACUGCCACAUUGAUCUUCACAAUACAAACGGUAUGGGGAUGGUUGUGAAUGUCAGUCCUGGGAAUCAUCCGAAACCCCCGACCGGUUUUCCAACGUGUGGCAGUUUUUUUAAUGACGGCAAACCACAGUCGGAUGCUGACAAUGACUGCCCGCUUGAAGUUGGAGGAAUUGUUGGCGUAGCUAUUGGAUCAUUUGUCUUUGGUCUAUUGCUCGCAAUAAUAAUAAUUAUUGCCGUGAGAUAUUGUUGCAAUUAGAAUAGCAGUUGACUCGAAAAUUACGUAACAGGCUGAUUGUGAUUUUUAACAAUACAGACUUAUUUGACAUAUAUAUUUACAUUAGCUUAAAGAGCGAUUUUGAAUACCGAUUAUAAUAAAAUGCGUGACUUUCCUAAUAUAAAUAUAUAGAGAGAGAGACAAUUUGUAUAUGUUUUAAGUUAUAAGAUACAAUAUUCUAAACAUACAAUAUUUUUCAUAACCUUUAUAGUUUUAUUUCAUAUGUUAUAUUAACAUCUUAUGAUAGUGUGUAGAAAAUGUUUACUAUUUAAUAAACUAUGUAAAAUGUCUCUAGCAAGUGUAAGGCACAAUAAGAUUUUUUUUCUUUCUGAAGAAAAGGCAAGUAUGUAUUUGAUAAUGUUAUACGUGAAAGAUGGCAGCUGAAGAAUAUAGCGAUAAAUAUGACAUAAUUUUAUUGUUGUAAGGGUAGUAUAGUGUAAACAAAGUUCAUAUAUGUCUAUUUUGACUUCAAAAAU